AUGGCGUCGUACAAAAUAUUCUAUCAAUUCGGUGCAGGGGGAAGAACCAUCUCCGUAGCCUUUGGCUGCUCUGUUCUCCCCGAUGAAUUCGUUGAUUUCCUUUACGAGAAGGUGGCAGAGCGGUUUUCGACAUUGGGGUUCAAAGACCCCUCAUUGUCGAUAGGCGAGCUCGUGUUGUACAAGACGCCCUCGAAACCGCCAGCUAUUCAACACGAACCUCUUGGGUUUGAUCCACAGGCAUGUCAACCUCUGGACAAUGCCUGUCGGAUCUCCCAAUACUGGCCAUCAGCACCUGAACUGACGGUGCAUGUCCUCGCCUAUUUCCACUCCUACACGAGGAAGCAGGACGUCUUGAUUGCCGCACCGAACAUUACUCUUGACAAGAAGAAGGAGAAACUGGUGUUUAAACUCGAGCUGAAACGGGAUGGCGAAAAGGUUCAGCCCAUGUGGAACACCUUUUUUACCUCGAAUGCGGAUGAGUGUCAGCAGGUCAUCGAUGGUGAUUUACCGCCAGAAAUCGAGAAGAUUGUGGAGAUGCCGAGAAAGCCACAUGGCCUUCCUGAGCAAACGGUGAUGAAAAAUUUCAAAACAUACAGUUCUUCCGAUACAUGUUCAGCUCUCGAACACGUCAUUUCUGACGACCAAGACGCGCAAGAUUACUUUGAAAACAAUGAUGAAAUCACCCAUUACCUCUCUGCUCUGAGUACCACGAGAAAUCAACCAAGUGAUCAACAUUUGACGUCUGAAUUGGCCGGGCAUGUUCUAAUCUAUAUUUUCGUGGCUCACUGGGAAGCGUGGAUCCCAAGCGGUAGUUAUCGUAUUAAUACAGCCUUACCGCUAUCCUUCCUUCUUCAUGCACACAAAGAGGGAAACGUGGUUUAUCGUUGUGAUUUUCAUCCUGGCUGGGCUUGUUUGGACCACGCACUGCAUCGUUUGUUGGUAGAGUUCGAGUCCUCCAGCGAUGACGAACGUAGGCUCCAGGUGCAGUUGCUAUGCACUUUCAAGUUUGCAUUGCUCCAUGUCCCGGACCACAAGAAAAACACAUUUUUCUUGAUGGGACUCUACAUCACGAAACUAUGGUAUGGUCAUUGUUGGGUUGUCUACAGGGAGGAAGGUGAAAAGAUAUCCUUACACAGGAGAGAUUAUAAUUUGAAGGUCCCAAUUCAACUUGUCUGUCUCAUUCGCGCUCUUUACAACUACUCGUAUUAUAUCAAAAACGAUGGUCCCGUCGUCGAGGCGCCAUAUGUCAAUAAACUGGCUCGUGAAGUCAAGGAAAGCUAUCCUAAUGUGCUCAGUACCAAGACCAGUAAAAAACCUCAACUUGGUGAGAACGACGAUGAGUCGGGACAGGGCGGUGAGCACCUGCAGGUCUGUAAGGCUAUCGAGUCCGCGUUACUGGACUCUGGUUACGCGGUAGGCAAAAAGAUCAAAGAGGGUGUUUUCCGGGCAUUGUACGAAGGAAAGCCAUUCAUUGCGAAACUGGUACACCAGGACGAACUAUCGUUCUUGCGUCAUCUGUCCUCGAUCGAAUCAUUGCAGAAGCACACCAUAGACUGCUUUGACACCUUGGAUUCAAGUCUGGGGAAACUGGUCAUGUUCCCUAUGUACCAUUCCCUCGACAAAAUUGGCGUUGAGAUCAACACCUCAAGUCCACUUAGCGGCUGGACCAUCCAAUUACGCCGACAGCUCGUGGACGGCAUUGCGUUUCUUCACAAACAACACAUAGCACAUCUGGAUAUCAAACCUUCGAAUCUCGUCUACGACUUCGAAGUUGAACGUCUCUUCAUCAUCGAUUUCGACGCUGCUGUUUGGUGCAAUGACAUGGAAAAGAAGGUUGAAAUCUGCUGGGGUACUGAAGGUUGGACAGCCCCGGAGGUCGUUCUCGACGAGAGUGAACCGGCGGGAGCGGUAAGCCCUAUCAGGGUCGACUUGUGGUCGUGUGGGCGAGUUCUUGCAUGGUUCGAUCAGUUCUCGAGGCCAUGUGCAAAGGACACCCGUUUGACGCGGCUAUCAAGCCUGUUGAUGGACAAGCAGCCAGAGUAUAGACCUCUCUUGCAUGAAAUUAUCGAUGAAGAUCAAGGUUUUUGGCACUCGGAGCGACUCAUUCGAGCUCUUGACAAACACUGUGACUAUAUUCAAUGCUUGGGGAGUGUGUCAAGCAAAAAGCGAGCACGACGAACCGAUGAAGAUCAAAACUUGGACCCGAAAAGACGUCGAAAGGACGAAGAGACAAAUGAUUUGAUUUGA